CUUCGUCCCUUCGCCUUCCUGGAUCGACAUUAUUAGGCUUUCCUCCUGGCAAGCAAUCCCCCUUCACACGAGACAUUUUAUUUCCAACCCCAUCCCAUGUCUGCACCCGCCAACGAAAAGGACGCAGCUGCGGCCCAUAUCGAUGAUGGGCGAGAGCACAGCGCCGACGCCGCCGUCCAGCUUGCUCACGAUGCCGACACUACGGUCUACUCCCCCUGGAGCAAAGGAUUGUUCAAGCUCUACCUCGUCCUCUUCCUGCCAUAUCUGUGCGGCUGUCUGAAUGGUUACGAUGGCAGUCUCAUGGGAGGACUCAUCGCCAUGGAUUCAUACCAGGCCGUCUUUGACAUCGGUGUCGAAGGCCACGACGCCGGCAUCGUAAAUGCCAUGUAUAACAUCGGCUCCGUCGCCGCAGUUUUCUUCACCGGUCCCAUCAACGACUACUUCGGCCGCCGUUGGGGGAUGUGGGCAGGCUCCCUUUUCAUCAUCGUUGGGACCUGUGUCCAGGCACCGAGCUCGAAUCUCAGCCAAUUCCUUGGCGGCCGCUUCCUACUUGGGUUCGGUGUCAGUUUUUGUUGCGUCUCGGCCCCGACAUAUGUAUCGGAGAUUUCUCAUCCCAAAUGGCGUGGGACCCUGACAGGACUUUACAAUUGCACAUGGUAUAUCGGGUCCAUCAUCGCAAGCUGGACAGUCUACGGCUGCUCCUACAUCGACUCGCCGAAUGCCUGGCGGAUUCCCGUGUGGAUCCAGAUGGUCACCUCCGGUCUCGUCUUCUUCGGCGUCCUCUUCCUCCCCGAGUCUCCUCGCUGGCUCGCGGCGCAGGACAAGCACGACGAGGCGGCCAACGUCCUCGCCGCGUACCACGGCGAAGGCAGCCGGGAUCACCCGAUUGUGCAGCUCCAGCUCAAGGAGAUGAUGAACCAGAUCAGCGCCGAGGCGUCGGACAAGAAAUGGUGGGACUACCACGAGCUGUGGAACACGCACUCGGCCCGGCGGCGCCUCAUCUGCGUCAUCGGCAUGGCCUGCUUCGGCCAGAUUAGCGGCAACAGCCUGUCGUCGUACUACAUGGCCGCCAUGCUGAAAAACACCGGCAUCGAGAACCAGCAGCACAAGGUCCUCGCCCUGAACGCCAUCAACCCGAUCCUCAGCUUCCUCGGUGCCAUCACCGGCGCCCGCCUCACCGACGUCGUCGGCCGCCGUCCCCUCCUCCUCUACACCAUCGUCUUUUCGUCCGUCUGCUUCGCAAUCAUCACGGGAACCAGCAAGCUCGCCACCGAUGAUCCCACCCAUAUCGCCGCCGCCAACGCCACCAUCGCCUUCAUCUUCAUCUUCGGCAUCGUCUUCUCUCUCGGCUGGACGCCGCUCCAGAGCAUGUACAUCGCCGAGACCCUACCCACCGCCACGCGCGCCAAGGGCACCGCGGUCGGCAACCUUGCCUCGGCGGCCGCUUCUACCGUGAUCCAGUACUCUUCGGGCCCGGCAUUCAAGGCCAUCGGGUAUUAUUUCUACCUCGUUUUCGUCUUCUGGGAUCUGCUCGAGGGCGUGUUCAUGUACUUCUUCUUCCCCGAGACCAAGGACCGGACUCUGGAGGAGCUGGCUGAGGUUUUCGAGGCGCCGAAUCCUGUGACGAAGAGCCUGGAGAAGAGGAAUGCGCAGACGGUGCUCAACACGCUUAAUGCUACUCAUGAUGGGAAGGAGAUGUAUGUCUGA